AUGACGAGUGCGUGGUUGGCUGGAACGUUGCUAGUCAUAUUACUGUCAAUCACUCCUUCGGCUGCUCAGAUCCCUCCGGCUCCUCAGAUCCCUCCUUUGCCUGUUCAGAUCCCUCCUCUGACUGCUCAGAUCCCAAACUACGUGAUGCUUCCAUUCAAUCCUCAGCUCACCUUUGCUCAAGGUGUCGAUAUGGUACUCGGAAUCACAUCUACAGCACCACCAGCGACAUCGGAACCUCCAGAGGAGACUACACCAAACGCUUUUCAACUAGCAGGAUGGGAGACAGAUGACAAAGGGAAUGUGUUUGUCGGUACCGACGACGCCAAGUUGCUACUGAUCUCUGUCGGCUCCUACUGGCCGUUCCCAAAGGAUUACCGUAAAUAA